UAUCUUUCUAUAUCCUCCAGGUACCGUCAAGACCAAGAACAAGAAAGAGCUGCUGAAUCCAGAGGAGGGGGAAGACGGUGGAGCUAAUGGAGACCCGUUUGGCCGAGGUGGUCUGCAGGAUGGGUCCAACUACAAUAGGAACGAGCGGCGGAUCCGGUUCUUCAUCCGUAAGAUGGUGAAGACUCAGGCCUUCUACUGGACCGUCCUGAGUCUGGUGGGCCUCAACACCAUGUGUGUGGCGGUGGUACACUAUGAACAACCUGAGAUCCUCUCCGACUUUCUCUUCUAUGCAGAGUUUAUAUUCCUGGGUCUGUUCAUGUCAGAGAUGUGUAUUAAGAUGUAUGGCUUGGGGACAAGGCCCUACUUCAACUCCUCCUUCAACUGCUUUGACUGUGUUGUGAUCGUGGGCAGUAUAUUUGAGGUGAUAUACGCGGUCAUUAAGCCAGGGACAUCGUUUGGCAUCAGUGUGUUAAGAGCCCUCCGACUGCUCAGGAUCUUCAAAGUCACCAAGUACUGGGCCCCUCUACGUAACUUGGUGGUAUCAUUACUCAACUCUAUGAAGUCCAUCAUCAGUUUGCUCUUCCUCCUCUUCCUCUUCAUUGUCGUCUUUGCCCUUUUGGGCAUGCAGCUCUUCGGUGGACAGUUUAACUUUGAAGGUGGCACGCCGGCCACCAACUUUGACACCUUUCCUGCAGCUAUAAUGACAGUAUUUCAGAUCCUGACGGGUGAAGACUGGAACAUGGUGAUGUAUGAUGGGAUCAAGUCUCAGGGAGGAGUAAACAGUGGAAUGGCCUACUCCGUCUUCUUCAUAGUGCUCACACUCUUCGGCAACUACACCCUGCUGAAUGUGUUCUUAGCUAUCGCCGUGGACAAUCUGGCCAAUGCUCAGGAGUUGACCAAGGAUGAGGAGGAGCAAGAAGAGGCAGCUAAUGCCAAGACAACCCUGCAGAAGGCCAAGGAGGUGGCUGAAGUUAGUCCUCUGUCUGCCGCUAACCUCUCCAUCGCUGCUAAGGAGCAGCAGAAGAAUAAUAAGGCUGGUGGUAAAUCCGUGUGGGAACAGAGGACCAGUGAGAUAAGGAGACAGAACCUGAUGACCAGCAGAGAGGCCCUGUACAACGAGAUGGACACGGAGGACUGGAAGGUCAGGGGAGAGGGGGAGGGAGAGGUGUCGUACCCCCAUCGUGCGGGGGACAUGAAGACCCACCUGGACCGUCCGCUGGUGGUCAACCCCCAGGACAACCGCAACAACAACACCAACAAGACCCGGCCCGGAGAGCCCCCUCUAGACCCGCAGGACACCCUGGGCCAGCAGAGGGCUGAAGAAUACAUCAGACGCCAGGCCUGCUACCAUCAGAGGAACAGGGGGGGUGAACCAAGGGGGGGUAGUGGCCCAGAGAGAGAGGCCCGUCUGGGGCACGGGGGGAGCAGAUUGUCCCUGCAGACGCUGGAGGGUGUUGAAGAGAGAAGGGAACAUGGAAGGAGAUGUAGGCAUAAAGAAGGGAAGGAGGGGAGGAGUGUGUCACCGCAUUAUAGCGAGGGAGGAGUGGGGGAUGAGAAGAGGAGGCACAGGAGGGUUAGGAGGGAGGGGGAGGAGGGAGGGAGAAGGCAUAAGUGUAAGGGGACAGAAGGGGUAGUGGUAGGGGGGGGUGAGGUAGAGGGGGAGGGGAGGAGGCCGAGGCGUCAUCGGCAUGGAGAGAGGAGCCGACAGCAUCGAGUUAGAAAAGACCACCACUGCAGUGGCCCCAACCUCUCCACCGCUCGGCCCAUCCUCAGACAGGACAGUCAGUACAGGGAAGACCUAGACAACCUCCUCAACAACAGCAAACUGCACGACCACACCCUCCACCCGCUGCCCCCAGACCACCCUGACCUUGUGAAUAACCUCCUGAACCGCAGUGUGACAGCAGACACACACCACCAUAGUAUGGACAGUCUAAUUCUGACCAGUAUGGCCAAGCCGGCUCAUACAGUCGUGGAUAUGAUGCCUCCUGUCUAUCCAUAUCCCUCCACCAAUGCCAUCCUGCAAGUGAACAAGAAUGCAAACACAGACCAGAAAAAGAAGGAUGAGGAGAAGAAGGAGGAAGAGGAGGAUGAAGGGGGCGAUGAAGAUGGUCCCAAACCAAUGCCCCCGUUCAGCUCCUGUUUCAUACUGUCCACCACCAACCCGUUCCGUAGGUGCUGCCACUACAUCCUGACCAGGAAGUACUUUGAGUUCAGUAUCCUGUCUGUGAUCGCAAUGAGCAGCAUCGCCCUGGCUGCAGAGGACCCUGUCUGGCCUGAGUCACCAAGCAACCAAGUGCUGAAAUACUUUGACUAUGUCUUCACGGGUGUCUUCACGUAUAGUAUGUUGAUCAAGAUGGUGGUGCUAGGCCUGUUCUUACAUCAGGGUUCAUACUUCAGGGACCUGUGGAACAUCCUGGACUUUAUAGUGGUUAGUGGUGCUCUGGUGGCCUUCGCCUUCACGGGGAGUGGCAAAGGGAAAGACAUCAGCACUAUCAAGUCUCUGAGAGUACUGAGGGUACUACGACCUCUCAAGACCAUCAAACGACUCCCCAAGCUAAAGGCUGUGUUUGACUGUGUGGUGAACUCUCUGAAGAACGUCCUGAACAUCCUCAUCGUCUACAUGCUCUUCAUGUUUAUAUUUGCUGUGGUGGCUGUGCAGCUGUUCAAAGGCAGAUUCUUCUACUGCACUGACGAGUCCAAGGAGUUUGAGCGCGAUUGCAGGGGAGAGUUUUUGGUGUACGAACGGAAUGAAGUAAAAGCUGAGAAGCGGGAGUGGAAGAAGUACGAUUUCCACUACGACAACGUGCCUUGGGCCCUGCUCACCCUCUUCACUGUGUCCACUGGAGAGGGCUGGCCGCAGGUGUUAAAGCAUUCGGUAGAUGCGACCUAUGAGAAUCAGGGUCCCAGUCCGGGCUACCGGAUGGAGAUGUCCAUCUUUUACGUGGUGUACUUCGUUGUCUUCCCCUUCUUCUUCGUCAAUAUCUUUGUUGCUCUCAUCAUCAUCACCUUCCAAGAACAGGGGGAUAAGAUGAUGGAGGACUACAGUCUGGAAAAGAAUGAGAGAGGAUGUAUAGACUUUGCCAUAAACGCCAAGCCCCUGACCCGCCACAUGCCCAAGAACAAGCAGAGCUUCCAGUUCCGAAUGUGGUCGUUUGUGGUGUCCCCACCGUUCGAGUACAGCAUCAUGGGUCUGAUCGCACUCAAUACUAUAGUCCUCAUGAUGAAGUAUAAUGGGGCGUCUGACACCUAUGAUAAAGUCCUGAAGAACAUCAACAUCGUCUUCACUACCCUCUUCUUCAUGGAGUGUAUUCUCAAGAUCAUCGCCUUCGGGGUUUUGAAUUAUUUUAAAGAUGCUUGGAACAUUUUUGAUUUUGUCUCCGUGCUCGGAAGCUUCACUGAUAUCCUGGUGACAGAAUUUUGGAAUAACUUCAUCAACCUGAGUUUCCUUCGACUGUUUCGAGCGGCUCGUCUCGUCAAGCUACUGAGACAAGGAGAGACUAUACGCAUCCUGCUCUGGACUUUCGUCCAGUCAUUUAAGGCGCUGCCCUAUGUGUGCCUCCUCAUUGGCAUGCUGUUCUUUAUCUACGCCAUCAUUGGGAUGCAGUUGUUUGGUAAUCUUGCACUGGGCGAGGACGAAGGCAGUGCCAUCAACGAAAACAACAACUUCAGGACUUUCAUCAUGGCACUCAUGUUACUAUUCAGGAGUGCGACAGGUGAGGCGUGGCAUGACAUCAUGCUGUCGUGUCUGGGGGGUAAGAAGUGUGACCCAGACUCAGGGAACACAGAACCAGAGUGUGGCAGCACCUUCGCAUACACAUACUUCGUCUCCUUCAUCUUCUUCUGUUCUUUCCUGAUGCUGAAUCUGUUUGUGGCUGUCAUCAUGGAUAACUUUGAGUACCUGACCAGAGACUCAUCUAUACUGGGUCCUCAUCACCUGGACGAGUACGUCAGGAUAUGGGCCGAGUAUGACCCCGCUGCCUGCGGGCGCAUACAUUAUAAGGAUAUGUACAGUUUAUUGAGAGUAAUCUCCCCUCCUCUGGGCUUGGGCAAGAAAUGCCCUCAUAGGGUGGCCUGCAAGAGGCUGCUGCGCAUGGACUUGCCGGUUGCCGAGGACAACUCAGUGCAUUUCAACUCCACCCUCAUGGCUCUGAUUCGGACUGCGCUCGAUAUCAAGAUUGCCAAGGGAGGAGCAGACAAACAUCAGAUGGACGCUGAGCUAAGGAAAGAAAUGAUGGCCAUUUGGCCCAACCUCUCUCAGAAGAACCUAGACCUGCUGGUCACGCCACACAAGUCAGCCACAGACCUGACGGUGGGGAAGAUCUACGCUGCCAUGAUGAUCAUGGAGUAUUACAGACAGAGCAAGGCCAAGAAGCUCCAGGCCCUACGUGAGGAGCAGAACCGAACACCGUUAAUGUUUCAGCGCAUGGAACCGCCCUCCCCCGGGGGAGGAGAAGGGGGAGGAGGGGGAGGCCCCGACGGGACGGGAGGAGGGAUGCCAGGGGUCAACGGCCUCCCCGCCACACAGCACGACCCCAACAGCAUACCUCCAGAGGGUGGGAUGACAGAGAGCCAGUCGUGGGUGACAGCUAAAGCUCAGGAGAUGUUUAACAAGACGGGCAACUGGAGCCCAGAGAGACCCUACCCCGACCAUCUCCAUGACAACAGACACAACCCCCAGACGCUAGAGAUGAGAAAGAUGGGGCGGGACGGGUACUCGGAAACUGAGCCCUGUCACCCAAAGCGAAUGGACAGGCAUGGUCGGACCAUCUCCAUGCCCCGCCUCUCAGACGACAACCAAGUGAGCACCUUCAUCCCCAUCAUCAUCAUCAUAAACCCUCCAUUCCUCCUCCUCAUCCCUCCACUCUUUCCCCCCCGUCCUCCUCCUCCUUUUCCUCACUCUGACUAUCCACUCUGACCUGUGUUUGUUUAUUUUUGUCUAUUUGGAUCCCCAUUAGCAGCUGUUCUUCCUGGGGUCCACAAAAACAGUAAACAUGACAAGUAACAAAACACUGUUACACGGAUAGACAAGGACAGACACACACAUUUCAAAUACAACAAUAUACAAACAAUACAUCUAGAAAAAC